AUGAAAAGGUCUAAAAUAAGAUAUCUGAAUUUCCAGUUUGGCACUUCCCCCCGUCAGCGUGGUCGGCGGAAACUUGCUUGGAUAAAGGAGAUCCGAAAUCUUCAGAAAAGCACACAUCUCUUGUUACGGAAGGCCCCCUUCAGCCGCCUGGUAAGAGAAAUAUGUGUUAAAUUCACUCGUGGUGUGGACUUCAAUUGGCAAUCCCAGGCCCUGUUGGCCCUACAAGAGGCAGCAGAAGCAUUUCUGGUCCAUCUCUUUGAGGAUGCCUAUCUCCUCUCCCUACAUGCCGGCCGAGUUACUCUUUUCCCUAAGGAUGUGCAGCUGGCCAGGAGAAUCCGAGGCAUUCAGGAGGGACUUGGCUGA